CGUGGAGUACACGGUGGCAAAGGUAUGUACCUAUCUUCACCUUUUCCCCUAUCCCUCUGGAAUGGACAACUUUUACCUUUCCGCAGUCGGCAUGGAGGCUAAUUUGUUAUAUUGUUUGAAAUCAAAAGGAGUUCGCUGAUAGCCUUGGAAUACCAUUCCUGGAGACCUCUGCUAAGAACGCCUCGAACGUCGAGCAAGCCUUCUUGACAAUGGCAAGGCAGAUCAAGGAGCGUAUGGGUACCGCCACUGUCAACAACAAGCCGACUGUGCAGGUUGGCCAGGGCCAGGGUGUCCAGUCUGGGUCCGCAGGUGGUUGCUGCUAAUCGAACCAAUGAGUCGUGUUGCACAAUACUACGUUAGCCACCUCGGUAUGAAGCAGGGAGGUGGUUUGCCAACUACGCCUUAACACUAAACAGUUCUAUCUAAAAUGUGGAACGGCGCAGACGGCCCUGCGGAAAUUUUUGCUAUUUUCAAGCUCGGACUGAUUAUUGGGAAUCAUUUCAGAUCCUUCACACAAUGCUUUAGACGGCCUGCGAUUGUCUUUAUAUGUGCUCAUAUUGCUGGUACCCUUGUUGCCCUCCCCCCCCCUGUUACACGCUACUUGUUUUGUGAUUUACUUUACAGCAUUUCCCCCGUUUCUUCCAUAUCUUAUUAGUAGGUUGGAUUCCUUGCGAUUUUGUCAGGAACAAAUUAAUGGAAAAGACCCUGAAUGUUCGGAGAAUAUACUUAUUUGGUAAUGGCACACAGUAGCUAGCACAAAUUCCAGCCAUUUUCUGAAAAUAGAUUAUUUUUUUCAAACCUUCAUCUAAUAAGUUUCAUUUGAUGAAGACAUAGCCAGCUGAUAUGAUGAUUAAGAAGCAUCGUCUAUGUGCAAGAGUCGUUUUUGCCUUCUUUAUCAACUUAAAUAUGUCGGUCAAUAUGCUGCCAGUAUAGUCCUAAAUAAAACAGUAAAAUUUUGUUAUAGAUUUAAAUUGUCUUCGGCAUCCUGAAGGCCUCU